UUCCUAGUUGUGCUCGGCACAUCUAUCUUUGCCGGGUUUUUAGUUGCUGUCCUUUAUAUAACAAUACUAUAUCCAACAAUAUUCUCUCCCCUCAAAGAUAUUCCAACGCCCGAUCGGUCUUUUCUUUCCGGGACUACUCUGUCGUCGCCAUCUAUACGCUCUCUCAUUGGCAAGGCUCGGUAUUGGGUCAAAACAGUCCCCAAUGAUGGACUCAUCAGAAUAUACUUGAAGGGUGUCCGCGAAAGGCUGCUCGUUACAAGCCCCCAAGCACUUGGUGAAAUACUUGUUACGAAGGCCUCUCAUUUUGCGAAGCCACCAUUUGUGAGGCAGCGUCUACACUACGUGACGGGAAACGGCUUACUACUAGCCGAGGGAGAUGAGCACAAAGAACAGCGAAGGAGUCUUAUGCCUGCUUUCGCCUUCCGACAUAUCAAGGAUCUAUACCCGGUUUUCUGGCUGAAGGCGAAGGAAUUAUCAAAAGGUAUUCAAGACCAUGUAAAUUCCAACCAAUUAAAUGGAUCGAAUAAUGUUAUCGAGGUGCGGAAAUGGUCUCGUCGCGCCACGUUGGAUAUCAUCGGCCUUGCUGGAAUGGAAUAUGAUUUCGAUUCGCUAAGGGAUCCACACAAUCCUAUCAGUCUGCAGUACGAAAAGAUGAUACAGAAUCCAUCGCUAUUUGAGGUUAUUAUUGGAUUAUGCCUAUCUGCCUUCAUGCCGGCAAGAGAUGCUAGUGUGAUUCUCCGCCUACCAACAAAGCGUGUGAGAGAAAUGAGAAAAGCGUCCCUCUAUAUUCGCCAACUAUGUCAAACAAUUAUUGAGCAAAAGCAAGCGAAAAUAAAAUCGUCGACCUCACACGUCGAUAUAGACAUUAUCUCGGUUGCCCUACGAAGUAACACUUUCAGCAGUGAAAAUCUGGUCGACCAAAUGAUGACAUUCUUGGCAGCUGGACAUGGCACUACCUCUAUUGCUUUGCAAUGGGCUAUUUAUGCACUCUGCAAGAAUAACGUCAUACAAGAACGCCUACGCCGAGAGAUCCGGGAAAACCUGCCGUCAAUCAGUGAUAACAACUGCACCAUAUUAGCUGAUGAUAUUGAUAGCCUCCCAUAUUUGCACGCUUUUUGCAACGAGGUCCUCCGGUAUUGGCCACCUGUGCCAAGUACUGUUCGUGAAGCUCUUCAUGAUACUACUGUUGCAGGUUGCCCCAUCCCCAAGGGCACGAUUUUUACUCUUGCGCCGGCAGCGACAAACCAUGACACCGAGCUUUGGGGACCAGAUGCAGAUAUUUUCAAACCCGAACGCUGGAUGAGGGAAGAUUGUGUCAACUCUGGAGGAGUCAAGAGUAACUACGGAUUCCUGACUUUUAUUCAUGGCCCUCGAAGUUGCCCCGGUGAUCGAUUUGCGAAAGCGGAAUUGGCCUGCAUGGUGGCUACACUCGUCGGCAGAUUUCGUGUCGAACUAGAAGAUCCGAGGAAGGAAGAGGUGUUUGAUGGAGACGGUAUUGCUGGGGUUGCACCAUCAGACGGUGUCCGUGCAAAAUUCGAGGUCAUAGACGGAUGGUGA